AUGAACUCAGUUGGGACGUCGCAGCCGAGAGCUUUAUUGAAGCAUGCAUAUGAGAGAUUAUCCGAUAUUUCAGACCACCCCCCUUCAGGCUACGUCUUUGUUCCCAAAGGAGACGUCUACAUCACUCGACACUGUAGGAAUCUGACGAGUGUGUCUGGAAGAUGGCUAUGGAUUGUCUAUGACCGUAAAACAAACGAAAGACUGGGGAUCCACUGCUUCCAGCAGAUCGUCGAAGCAGUCAAAGAAGACGCUGCUGGCACUGAAGAAAAACGCCAAAGAGCGGUAGCAGCCAAAGACAGCCGCGACCACGAAAAGGCUCACAAGGUGCUUCUUGAGUUCUUCCCUAAUAUACCCGAGGGCGCUUGCACAGAGAUCCUAGGGCAUGGCUUCCAGAAAGGAAGCGGUCGAGUAGGACGAUCACAAAUCCUAGAAGAUCAAUUGAAAGUCCACCUGGCUGUCAAUGCCCACAUCCGACAUCGUCUGACACAGUACGACUCAAUACUAGCAGCCAAUAGGGGGCAAGAUGCGAAGCUCGCAGCAAGAGAAAUGGUGUACGGUGAGGUCCGGGCAAUCGCGGACUCAUGGCGCGCGACGAGCUCUCAAACCUGGAAUUCGAACUCUCGGACAUCAGUGCCUAGAGGUUCAGCAGCAACACUUGAAGCCAAUCGGCAACGGCGUACCCAACAAAGCAUAGCACAGACCACUCCUGCCAAUGAAGCGCAAGUCCUUGAAGAAGCUCUAAGCGGACUGCAUUUGAACGAAAAUCAACGCGAGGUGGGGGCACGAACGGAGGCCGCCCAACGACGUGCCCAGAAGGUGGCACAAAAAUUGGCCCGCAAAGGCCGUUUCCGGGAGACUACUCGAGAUCUACUCCGUCAAUAUGAGCUGGAUCCGAGCAUUGAGAUGACCAAGAACAAGAAAAAAGGGGUCCUCCGCCUGCAGAUGGAACAGAAGGAGAGGCGCGGAAAGGGCAAGUAUCCACAAAAACUGCACGAAAGACAGAAUCCAAACCCCACAAACCCAAAGAAGCGAGAAGGAUACAGGAGACUGAAGAUUACUGCCAAUGGUGUGGAAUUAGAGCCCAGAGAACUUGACAGAUACGUGCCGGAUGAUGGACCAAGCGUUGAGCAACCUCACAAGCCCCGUCUCCUAAGAAGCAACUACCGUAAACCUGGUGACACUCCUACAAGUAGUGGCGAUCUUGGUGAUACGCCUGGCGAUGGCGUGCAGUUAGAGGCAAGGCGACAUGACAGAUACGUGCCAAAUUAUGGCCGGAGUCCGAGCAUUGAUCCACCUCGCAAGUCACGCUAUCCCUUAAGGAGCAGCCACCAAAUGACAGGUGACCUUGAUGCCAACAAUAAUAAGAGGCUAGGUCUCAUCGAGGAGACCACAAGCGAAGGGAGGCUUUUGGUCGAAGACUCGGAGUGGAUGGACAUCGACAACAUAUCCUUGAGGACUGCCGGGGUGCAUUUGGCAUGA